UGCCUAUCCCUUCUAAGGUAUUUGUUUUGUCUUAGUGUUAUUCUUUACAACUCGAAUGUUUAUCAAGGUGUGUUGUAACAACACAGGACUGCACAGAUAUAACCAUGGCGGAACCGAUCGGACUUGCCUCCGGCAUACUUGCACUGGCGACGUUUGCCUUCCAAGGGAGUGUCACGCUUUAUGAAACAGUGAAAAGUUUCCAAUCGCAUCCAAAGCGUGUCCGUGACCUUCUCGGGGAGCUGGAAGCUUUGAGCGCCGUGCUGGCACCCCUUGUUGAUCUAGUAAAAUCGACAUAUGAGGUUGAUCUAUCAGUCCUCGAUUUGCCAUUGUUCCGAUGCGGCAAUGCCUGCAAGGAGUUCCAGCAAGAGCUGCUUCGAUGCGCGUCAAGAUCGAGCAGUAGUCGGGCAAGCUUCCGUGACUGGGCACGGCUGACAUACAUGGGUGAUAAUAUUGAUGGGUUUCGCAACUUGUUAGCAGGUUACAAAGCCACUGUAAAUAUUGCCUUGACCGAUGCUACCCUACGCCAAUCUACUGUCGCUGUCGAAAGCAUUAGGGACUACGAGGACCUGAUUAAGGAUGCGAAGGAGGACCUGGGGGCUCGACUGGAAAGUAUUGAUCAGAAGUUGGAGCAGCUGGCUCAGAAGAGUGGAACUCUGUCCGAACUAGAUGCAACUGAACUCCAGUCUCUGAGAGAGGAGCGCCGGAGUACAGAGAAAUGCCUUCAGAUUUGUGCCCAGUUGUCAGCCUAUAUUGAUCAGAUUCAGCUGCUAUCUGAUAAUACAAGCUCCGUGCGAGGAUCUGAGACGGCUGAUACAUCGCCCGAGACUGUCACAAACGAAGGCCUACAAGAAUGCAAAAGGAGCUUGCUUGCUACAACCGCUAGGUUAGAAAAGCAUAUGCAAGAGGUUAUGGAUCGACUGCUCGCAAAGUCAAGAUGUACAGUUUCCUCCGACGAAGACGCUCAAGAUUUAUCGCGGCUACGUGACGAGUGGGAAGCCGCCCGGCAGUGCUUGGAUAUUUGCUCCCGCGCAGAUAGUCACGUCAAGGAGACUGUCAGUAUUAUCGAGAAUCAAGGCACUGGAGACUCUCUCCAGUUUAUGGUUUCCACAAAUGGGAAGAUCCUUCAUGGGAAAAAUCGGGGCAUGGGUUGGAGAAACAGACAAUUCGGAGGUUAUAUGAGCAAUGAGUCAAUCCAGCAGCUAUCGCGAGACCUCACAGCUCAUUAUACUCUUUCUCCAAGAGGUGAAAAGCCUAACUCCAGAACCGAUACUAUGCCAGAAGCAAGUGAUGUGGCAGAAGAUGAGACGGUUCCCCAGUUCAAGGAACGAUAUGGGCGAGGCUUCACUCUAAAAUCAACGCCAACACCAGAGAGAGGCACGUCGUCUUGAAGUACGGGGAUGCAGUAGAGCAUCAGUGUGUGAUAGUGCUACAGAGGAAGAUUCCGUGAUAGUAGAGGAUCUGAUACGCGGGGAGCUCUUUCUCUUUUAUAUCCUUAUAUAUUUGAGAUUUUCCAUUGACGUUCUGCCUUCUUUUUUAAAUGGCUUUGGAAUUGCGAGGAUGUCUUAUUUUAGUUCAAAUGAUUCGAGAGGAAAUUGAGGCUUCAAACUAAAAGGGUUAGGCAGACGACUUUGUCGGAAGCAUAUAAGCAGCGAGCAAGAACUUGAGGUUUAUGAGCGAUUCGCCGUGGAAGAGCAUGUCCAUAACAUAAU